AUGGCCAUUAGAAAAUCCAACAAGCUACCUCAACCUGAUGUUAUCAUCAAGCAAAUUCUUAAACGAUGUUCAAGUUUCGGCAAAAAACAGGGUUACAAUGAAGAGGGUCAUCCUGAAGAUGUACCAAAAGGUCACUUCGUUGUUUAUGUUGGAGAAAACAGAACAAGGUAUAUUGUUCCAAUUUCAUGGUUGCCUCAUCCACAGUUUCAGUGUUUGCUUCAAAUAGCUGAGGAAGAAUUUGGAUUCAAUCAUGACAUGGGACUUACAAUUCCUUGUGAUGAACUUGUUUUUGAGCACUUAACUUCGUUGAUCAGAUAA